CUUCGACGGCAUGAGCUCACGAUCCGAGCUCGAAGACUUCAUCCGGAGAUGCAGGCUCGACCACGAUGCCACCGACGCGCUGCGGUCCGCGGGCCCCGACGUCCAGCUCGCGGUCCUGCGGCAGGACGACCAGGGUGGUCGGCCGCUGUGCGAGACCCGCCACCAGAGCCGGGUGCUGAUGGCUCGGCUGGCCGCGGCCAGGGAGGAGCUGAGAGCAGGCUCAGGCCGGCCGGCGGAGAGGCGGACCCGGAGCCCGGUGGGAUUCCGCUCCCAGUGGGAGCAGCGCACGCGCAGCCCGGUCGGGUGCCGCCCGGCCGCGCCGCGCGGCCGCAGCACGAGCCGGAGCAGGGGGGGCAGCCGCCCGGACGAGCAGAGGUCCGGGCCGAAGCCGCCGCCGGGGCCGCCGCCGGUGCGGCUCAUCGAACGGCGCGCGUCACUGCCGAAGUCGCCGCUAGGGAUGCCACCCCCGCCGCCGCCGCCAGGUCGGCAGGGUGCGCGGCGUUGGCCAGCCUCGUCCGCAGGCGCGGCGGCGCGAGCGCACUCGGUGGUGCCUGGGCGGUUCCUCAAGAACCUGCGCUCGGCCGCGCCGUGGCGGCGGCCAUCGAACGCGGCGAGCGGCCCGAAGCAGAGGGCACGGCGCUCGGGCGGCAGGUGCACGUACCACGUGCUGUACUGGGAGGCCGCGGAAGGGUGCGGGGGUGGCAAACCGGGCAUCGAGUUCGGCAAGCCUCUCGGGCCGCGCCGCGACCAGACACCCGAGCUGCCGUGCUACUGCAAGCAGUGCGACGGAGCCGUAGACACGUGGCGCUUUCGGCUCGAUGCCACGCACGCCACGCUCCGGAUGAUCGCCAAAGAGGGCGUCGGCUUCCGCGAGGAGGUGCAGGAGUUCAUUUGCGUCUCGCCACGCGGCGUGCUGGAAUACGACUUGCACCGCUUCAAGCAAUACAACCGGGACCGCAAAAAGAACGUGCUCACAGAGAACAUCGUCCUCGGCACACCGAUGCAGGUGGAGAUGGGCAACGUCAGCCCUGAUGACUGCGGGGUCUCCAUUGCGACGCUCUCGCAGGGAGUUGGAGGUGAAGACGAGGAGGACACCAGGAUCGCCAGGGUCUGCGAGUACAUGCGCGAGGUCGCCGCCAGGGUCCGGGAGCACGCGGCCGCCGACGGUGGCUCCGCCGCCCUCCUGGUGGUGCACCCCGGUGGCGUGGCGGUGGACAGCUUCGGGGCAGACCUGCCGUUCUUUGCGCACUCGCCCGAGGAGCCCAUUACGCGCGUGGUUGUGCUCCUGGCGGGCCCUUGUGGAUUCGGGCAGAAACUCCUGGGCAGGUUCGAGGAGGCGCUGACCGGGGAGGCCGGCUGCCACGCGGGCCCGCUUCGGCUCGGCGUGCCGGCGGCGCGCAACUCGAGCGCGGCGCUGGGCACGCUGCUGAUGUGCCACGACCGCGGGGCGUUGGUGCCCAUCCUGGAGGACGUGCGGCUCCUCGGGCCCAUAGGGUGGGGCGUGCGGCCUCGGCGUGGGUGCAGAGUGCGCGCGGGGCCCUGCUCGGCCUGGCGCUCCGGCGGGGCCUGGGCCCGGAGGAGAAGCUAGAGCUCCUGCGGGCCCUGCGGGCAGAGGUCAGCGAGGGAGACGAUGCCGGAGACGGCCGCCAGAGAGCCAGCGACGACGACGGGGCUGGGCGCGGCGAGCAGGAGGCCGCCUCGGGGGUGCCCCGGG